AUGAAAGGAGCUCAAAUCCUUGUAGCAUUUGUCCUGUUGGCUUUGGCCUCCUCACUUGCCUCUGCCUUUGAUCCCAGCCCUCUUCAGGACUUCUGUGUAGCCAUCAAUGAUACCAAAAAUGGUGUAAUAAUUUUUUUUUUUUUGUUAUAUUCAGUUUUUGUUAAUGGCAAGUUCUGCAAGGACCCAAAGCUCGUGAACGCGGAAGAUUUCUUCUUUUCAGGGCUUAACAAGCAAGGAAACACAUCAAAUCAACUAGGAUCAAAAGUUACUCUGGUGAAUGUUGGACAAAUAUCCGGACUUAACACUCUUGGCAUAUCUCUGGCUCGAGUCGACUAUGCACCCUAUGGUGGCCUAAACCCCCCUCACACUCACCCUCGUGCCACGGAAAUCCUAGUCGUUGUGGAGGGCACACUUUAUGUUGGUUUUGUUACAUCCAACCCGGAUAACCGUCUCAUCACCAAAGUCUUAUAUCCUGGAGAUGUCUUCGUUUUUCCAGUUGGUCUCAUUCACUUCCAGUUCAACAUAGGGAACACCAAUGCUGUUGCCUUUUCUGGUCUUAGCAGCCAAAACCCAGGGAUUAACACCAUUGCAAAGGCUGUCUUUGGCUCAAACCCUGCCAUCAAUCCUGAAGUUCUUGCAAAGGCCUUCCAGCUGGAUAAGAAUAUCGUAAACCAACUUCAGUCUCGGUUCUGGUGGAAUAACAACUAGAGGAAUAUUUCUAUA